CUCUUAUUUUGAAAUGUUCAGACCGGAAGUUUUUUUCCUCGCACUGCGCUUACACUGUAAACCGUGUUAGCAGGCUAAUGUUAAUCUAUACCUUAAUAUCACGUUAAUGAAUGAAUUUGCAAUGGAUACACAGCAGGUACCAAAACGGGAAGACCAAGGCUUCAGACUUCCUCUGUCCUCUGUGCGCCUGUUGGUUCCUCCUCUGCGCCUGAUGUCUGCCUUUAUGUGGCAGGUGUUGCAGCAGAAAAACGUAGUGCACUAUGGGAAAUUGGAGGAGUUUGUCUCUAUGGUUACGGAGACGGUGCCACACCUGCUGAGUUACAGACAAAGAGUUCAGCUCAUCCUGGGAUUAAGGGCACGGAUGAUCUUAGAGAUGUUACGCGAGCCGGACGAUGUGAAGCUUGUCCAGGUCCACUUGGACAGAAUGAGACUUCCGGAUAUUCCAGCCGGAUGCUCAGUAGACGUAUAUUCAGAUUUGGAGCUCUCUGUGUCUAACUUUAAGGCUCUUGUUCUUGCACUGCUGAAGGAUCCUGCAGAAAAGGCUUAUUUCUUUCAGGAGGUGUUUCCUGUGGAAUAUGGUCCACGUUACGAUACAGCACUGAAGGAGCUAAUGUGGGAGCUGCUGUCCUGUCUGGAGAGGCUAUUUCCUGUUCCAGACCUUAAGAAGACUUUAUCUUGGCUCACUCCUGCCCCUGUUGGUCUGGAUGAAUGCAUGCAGUCUGAACCAAAACACCUGAAAGCUCUGUUUCAGCAGCACAAAGUGAUUGGCAACAUGGACCAACAAAACUGGACCAAAGGUUCCACAUUAGGUAAUCUUUCUGCUACCUCCGGGGACUGUAUAAUUUCCUCGCUUUCUGUCCCUCCGUCGGCACACAUGGCGGUCACUACCGAAUCCAUGGUCUACCACAUCCAGCCGACCACUGUGACCAUCCUGAGCCAGAGUGCUCUUGGCCAGUUGGGCUCGGAGGCCAUCAUUGUAACUGAUUACACCGAGGUUGAGUUGGGCAGUAAUGAGGUGGCUGAAGAACCUGUGGACAGGUGCGUAGAGGUGCACACAGGGAACAGCUCUGUGGUGGCGGUACUUAGCAACCAAACUGCGGUGGAAGAAGAGGAGAUGAUUACUGUGAGCCAGCACAUCGAACUUCCCAAAGACCCAGAGAGCAGCAGGAACAGUGAGGAAGAGAGAAAUCUUUGUGAGAAAUCCACACAGUGUGACAUCAGAGACGGAGGUGGAUCAGGUGAUCUCAGGGCCGCAGGUAACGACGGUCCGGUGUCCAUGUCGGUGUCCAAAGCUGAAGGAAUCGAAUCUGAUGGAGAAGGAUUAAAUAAAGAGCUUCAGGAGAGAAAGAAAGAUGCAACGCAGACUUCUGUAUGUCAGAAAGAUGACCAAGAAGCUAACACUGCUCUUAAUCAGGAAAAGAGCUUUCCUUUAGCAGUACCAGGGAGAAGAGGGCGUGGAAGACCGAGGAAGAACGCAGUGGCACAGAAAGUGGUUCAGAACGGGAAACGAGGGAGACGAAUCAAAGCGGAAAAAGACAAAGAGAAAAUGAACAAUGAAGACACUGAAGAAACAACAGAUGAAAAGACCACGAUAGCCGAGACGGAAUUCAAUGGAAUGGACACCACGGUCUCAUCUCGUGAUCUAAGCCCACCAAGACCCCAAACAUCUGAAACGGCAGAAAAUCCCCGUGCCCGGUACGUGUGUAACACGUGUGGACGCAAGUUUACCCGGACGUCCGAUGUCCGACGUCACCAGUUGACUCAUACGGGUGAGCGUCCGUUCCGUUGUGCUCACUGUGAGAAGACGUUCCAGCAUGCUUGGGAUCUGACUAAACACUGCCGGAAGUUUCACGGAGAAGCCACGUUCUCUUGCCGCCUCUGUCCGAGUCAGUUCAUUAAUUUCCGGGCACUGACUGCGCACCACAAGAAGAGCCAUGCCAGUGAGCUGCCCCACUACUGCUCCAUCUGCGGCCAGGCCAGUCCUAGCACUGCUGCUCUCGUGCAGCAUCGGAAAACGCACAGCGCCACUCAACAGUACCUCUGUGAACAAUGUGGCGAAGGCUUUGACACCUUAUUGCAGCGCUCAGUCCACAGACAAAGCCACCGCAUGCACCGCAAGUUUAAAUGUCCGCAGUGUGACAAGACUUACUCGCGACAGGCCGACGUCAAGCGUCAUCUGCUGAGCCAUACGGGUGAGCGGCCUCAUCAGUGCAACCUGUGUGGAAAAAGCUUUGCGCUGCGUGCCGGCCUUCAGAAACAUCAGCUCACUCACACAGGGGAGAGGCCUUUCCCCUGCCCUCACUGUCCCAAAGCAUUCAACCUGCUCUCCAUUAUGCGUCGACAUGAACGUAUGCACACAGGAGAGCGGCCGUUCCUGUGCUCGCAGUGCGGCAAGCGCUUCCUGUCGCUCGGAGAACUCCUCAAGCAUGACAAGUCGCACACGGACGCCAGGCCACACUUAUGCAGUCAGUGCCAGAAAAGCUUCAAGUCCAAGCGAGCUCUGAGGGAGCACAUCCUUAGCCACAGCGGCACUCGCCCAUAUCCCUGCAGCUACUGUGACAAAAAAUUCUCCAAGCCUUUUGCUUUGAACCGCCACCAUUUGAUGCACACAGGCGAGAGACCAUUUGCGUGCACGCACUGUGAGAAAACCUUCCUGACAUCAGCGGAGUUGGCCUUGCACAAGCGCGUACACACCGGAGAGCGGCCCUACAUCUGCUCAGAAUGCCCGUGGAAGUUUCGGAGCUCCUCGGAAUUGGCGCGUCACAGGCGCACUCACGGCCAGCAGAGGGCGUACACCUGCAGCUACUGUCCCAAAAUCUACACUAGCACAUCCAAACUGAAAACCCAUAUGCGCAUUCACACAGGGGAGGAUAACACAAAGUGCCCUGAAGACAUUAGCCAUACAGUGGAAGUCCAAGAGUCCACACUGACAGAGAGUGACAUGCCUGAUGGCCUCUCAUCACGGAAACCGGUGCCGUGUGAAGACGUUUGUGCAUCUAUAGUAAAGCUACACGUUUAUCUGGAGAAUAAUAAUAAUAAUACAGCUAGCAGCUUUAGCCUAGCUGUGAUGAUGGAGGUCGGAGUCUCAAGGCAGGAGGACAUUAAGGAUCCUCUUCUCCUGCCCUCUGUGCGUCUCCUGGUGCCACCUGUGCGACUCAUGUCAGCAGUCCUGUGGCAGGUCAUGCAGCAGCAGGAUGUAAUGCAGUACGGGAUGCUCGCAGACUUUGUUUCGCUGGUUAUUGAAGCUGUACCAGAACUCUGUAGUUCUACACAUGCAGUCCAGCUUGCACUGGGUCUGCGAGCAAAGCUAAUUUUGGAGCUGUGCUGCAGGUCUGACACAGUGGACACACAUUUGAUCCAGCCUCAUCUCAACAGUAUUCAUUUGGUCAAACAUGUUGGCAGCACAGAGCUAGAAGAGACAGGAGUUCACUUUGUCCAAAUGGUUCAUGCAAUAAUCGAAGACGCUGAGCAGAGAGAACGCUUCUUCCAGAAUGUGUUUCCGGUGGAGUUUGGACCUGGCUAUGACUCUGCCCUUCAGACACUUAUGUGGGAUUUCCUGUCCAGACUGGAGCACUUCCUUCCAGUGCCAGACCUCCUUCAGACCGUGGCCUGGCUUAGAUCUGAGUCUUCCGCUUUAAAAGACUGCGAGGAAUCCAUCAGCAACCCAGAUAGCUUGAGAUCACUGCUCCAUCACCAUCGGUGCCUUGGACAUCUGGAUACUUGUGCCUCUUUGUCAUCGCCUCAAGUUAGCGACUGCAUCCUGACUGCCCUGUCUGGCAAGAGAAACCAACUGGCACAGAUGAACUCGGGUCUCAGUCCACCUGCUCCCACCGAGAUGCCCGUGUGUGUAAUGGACGGAACCGACGUGGAGACGGUCGUGGUCACAUCCGAAUGGACGGAGAUAGAAAUACACGCAAACCACCAAACCGGAGAGGACAAGAGCGAGGACGGUGACGAUUCACCUCCGGCUGCUGUCUGCGAUCAGAGCGAGACACGGACUCACAUAAACACUGAGGAAGGUGAAAUCCAGACUGGGAAGCACACUGACACUGAGAAUUGUUUCACAGAGUCUAUACUGAUGUAUAAUAAACAUGAUGAAUCCGUAAGUUGUACUCAAGUCCGGACAGAAACAGUACAGCUGGAAUGUAUGGCUAAGGAGAGACAGAGUCUGGCCUGCAACACUACGCUUCCUCUGCAGUCUACGCUCACUGUACCUGUAACCGCCGAUGACGGAGCUGCCGCGUUCACGAUCCCCGCAGGGACCCGCAGAUCGGCUCGAAAGCCGAAGAAGACUUGGAAGCUGAAAUUGGUUCAUCUUCAGAAACGAAACCCCGGUGUGGUAAACAGACAAAAGCAAGAGAGAACACCGCUGGCACCUAUGAGGAACUCGGGGAAGGUCACAGAGACAGACGGAGAGCGUAGCACCUCAGAUAACAGGGAUGUUGCUGAGCUGGCUGUAUCUCCUGGUCCUGCCACUAGUGAUGGAAAUACAGAGCUCUCGUCCAAAACCUUCACCUGCCCUCACUGCCCGUUUACACACGUUCAGGAACGCUAUGUGAAAAGUCACAUGAAAAAGGUUCACCCGGUUUCAUCAUCGACCGAGAAAGAGCCUCAUGUGUGCCAGGUGUGUGGCAAAGGAUACCGCUACCCGGGCAUGUUGAAGGCGCACGAGCGCAGCCACACAGGCGAGCAGCCCUUCCAGUGUACAGCUUCCCACUGUGGCCGCCGCUUCUCACACAUUCAAGCCCUGCGGCGCCAUCGUUUGAUACACAGUGGCAAAAAAGUUCCUCAAACCCCAGCUGGUGAGAGACUUCAGGAAGCUGAGCUUGAAAAAGGUGAACCUCAGAACGGUGAACCCUGGAUGUACACCUGCCUGUAUUGCAGCGAGAGCUUCAGUUCGCACAGUGCUCGCCGCGAGCACCACAAGACGCAUCCCGAGGAAGAUCUGCAGCGCUGUAACGACUGUGGAAAGAGACUGAGCUGUCAGGCUGCGCUGAUCAGGCACAAGCGAGGACACAUGGGUGAACGGCCACACAAAUGCCUGCUCUGCGGCUCCAGCUUCGUGUGCACCACCAGCUUCAAGCGCCACAUGCUCGUGCAUCAGCCUGAGAGGCCGUACCGCUGCAGCUGCGGUAAAGGCUUCACCUACAAAGGCGCCCUGCUGUCCCAUCAGCGUACUCACACCGCCGAGAGACGCUACAGGUGCUCUCGCUGCAGCAGAUGCUUCCUUUACCCGGGAGAACUGAGAAAGCACGAAAGGACGCACUCGGACGAGAAGCCGUACCUGUGUCCGCACUGUGGCAAGAGCUUUAAGAGAGAGAGGAUCCUCCGUGCACACGUCGCCGGCCACACAGAAGACAAAAUCUUCAAAUGCUCCUUAUGCGACAAAACGUUUGCAUAUAAAGCGAGCCUGACCAGGCACGAGCUAACACACACAGGCGAGAGGCCGUUCCUUUGCUCAGACUGUGGCAAAACCUUCUUUUCGUUCGGGGAGCUGCUGAAACACCAGCGCUACCACACGGGGAUCAAGCCGUUCCAGUGCUCACACUGUGACAAGAGCUUCACACAGGCCUGCUACCUGCAGCUGCACACCAGGUACCACACGGGGGUUCGGCCCUACACCUGCCCCCAGUGCAACAAAAGCUUCUUCACUUCUUGCCGUCUUAAGAGACACAUGCAGAUCCACACCGACGAGAAGCCGUUCGAGUGCAAGGAGUGCGGCAAGAGAUUUAGGCAGGCGUAUGUGCUGAAAGUGCAUUGGCGCACCCAUUUGGAGAAAGAACUGAGGGUUUAAUGGAGGACUUUUGUUUUGAGUGGUGUUUUUUUUUUUUUUUUGGAAUUAAUAAUAACAAACCCAGCUAUUUUUUGAUAGAUUUUCAUUUCAAAACAAGCACUUUCAGUACAAAUCAGUAAAUAAAUUUGCUUUUCUGGUCAGCAA